AUGGGGUGGAUGGGAUGCAAAGUUGAUGCAGGCCCCACAGCACCUUAUUGCCCCUGUUUUUUUAGUAUAUAUACACAUGAACCAGCUCCCAUUGUGGAAAAUCUCAAUACCAUCAUCAGCCAAAGAUGCUCAAAGCGAAAACCUUCUCCAUUCUUUUAGCAAUUGGAUUGCUUGUGCUGCUUUUCUCAGAUGCAACUACAACAGCAGCUACAUCAGAAGAAUCAGAAGCAGAAUCCCUUCUCAAAUGGAAAUACAGUCUCUCGCAAACACAACCCUCUCUCAAUUCAUGGUCAUUCACCAAUUCCACCACCAAAACCCCAUGCAAUUGGACUGGAAUCUUAUGCGACGACGUGGGACGCGUGACCGAAAUCAUCCUCCCAAGUGCCUGUUUGCAAGGUACUCUCCAUAACUUGACUUUCCAAUCAUUUCCAAACCUCAUCCGUCUCGAUCUCAAUAACAACACACUCCUUGGAACCAUACCAGCAGAUAUAGGUACUCUCCCUAAACUCACCUUCCUUAAUCUGUCCAUGAACAAACUCUCCGGUCCCAUCCCUUCGCAAUUAGGAAACUUGAUCAAGCUUACUGUUUUGAACCUGUCGCGCAAUGAGAUUUCUGGUUCCAUCCCUCCCAUUAUAGGAAACCUAACUGAUCUUACCAUCAUCAACCUCUCCCGUAACAAGAUUUCCGGCUCCAUCCCUCCACAAAUAGGAAAUCUCAGAAAUCUGACUGAGUUAAGGCUCUCCAUCAACUCUAUAACAGGUUCCAUCCCUUCUGCAUUAGGAAACCUGACCAAGCUCACCAUCUUGCUGCUCUUCGACAAUCAGAUUUCUGGCUCAAUCCCACAUGAGCUAGGAAACCUAUGGAAUUUGGUUGACCUAGGCUUGCUGUUGAACAAACUCACUGGUCCAAUUCCUACAUCUUUUGCCAAUUUGAGUAACCUGACCAGAUUAGGCUUACUUGGGAAUCAGUUAUCAGGUUCAAUACAAUUCUCAAAUCUAAUGAAAUUGGAUACAUUAAGCUUGAGUGACAACAACUUCUCUGGCCAUUUGCCACAACUAUGCCAACGCGGAUUGCUCAAAAGGUUCAGCGCCUAUAAGAACAAUUUCACAGGUCCCAUCCCCAAAAGCUUGAAAAACUGCACAGGCUUAACUAAACUCGAGCUCUACAGAAACCAGCUCACAGGAAAUAUAUCUGAAGAUUUGGGCAUAUAUCCGAAUAUUGAAUACAUUGAUUUGAGUGACAACAACUUCUAUGGUGAACUACCAUCAAAUUGGGGAGAAUUUCAAAAUCUAACGAGGCUGCAUUUAUCGGGAAAUAUGAUUUCGGGUAGGAUACCGCCCGAGUAUGGGCAGUUGUCUCAACUCGGAGUACUUAGCCUUUCAUCAAACCAACUGGUAGGAGAGGUUCCGGAAGAAUUCGGCAGUUUGUCUUCUCUCUUGAACAUGAGCUUAAAUGAUAAUAGACUUUCUGGGGAGAUUCCGUUAGAAAUUGGAAAUCUAUACAGUUUGGAGAUUCUUGACCUGUCGGGAAACAACUUGAGUGGGCCGAUACCGGAACAACUAGGGGAUUGCUCUAAACUGAGGCAUUUGAAGCUGAGCAAAAAUAAUUUGAAUGGGAGCAUCCCAUUUCAAAUUGGGAAUCUAGUGUUCUUACAAGAUAUGCUAGAUCUUAGUAGAAACUUGCUCACUGGAGAGAUACCAUCACAGCUCGGAAAUCUGCAAAUGCUAGAAGACUUGAAUCUCUCCCGCAACAGGCUCUCUGGUUCAAUUCCAUCUUCUUUCGAAGCGAUGAACAGCUUGACAUCUAUUGAUUUUUCGUACAAUCAGUUGGAGGGUCCUAUUCCUGAAAGUAAAGUUUUCAAGGAGUCUCUGGUCGAGGCUUUCUUAGAAAAUAAAGGUUUAUGUGGCGAAAUUGAAGGCUUGCCAUCUUGCAAUUCAUCUUGGACACGCAAUGGUGGUGGAAGAAAAGGCUACAUGGUUGCAAUCUUCGUCAUUGUUCCUAUUUUAGGAGCAUUGCUUCUUAUAUUUGUCUCUAUCAAAGUGGUGUCCAUUUUCCAUCGAAUGGCUCGAAAUACAGAGGAAGAGGAAAUGCGCAUAAUCAACAACGAUCUGUUUUCAAUAUGGAAUUAUGAUGGGAGGAUUGUGUACGAAGAUAUCAUUGUAGCAACUGAAGAUUUCGACGACAAGUACUGCAUCGGAGUAGGUGGAUUUGGGAAUGUGUACAAAGCAGAAUUACCGACUGGUCAGAUAGUGGCGGUAAAGAAACUUUGCUCUUCGGAAGGUGGAGAAUCUGUCAAUGAAAUUUGUUUUAGGAAUGAAAUACAAGCAUUACUGAAAAUUCGGCACCGCAACAUCGUGAAGCUUUAUGGAUUCUGUUCACAUGUCCAGCACAAGUUCUUGGUCUAUGAAUUCAUGGAAAGGAGAAGCUUGUGGAUUGUUCUGAGUAAUGAGGAAAGAGCUGUGGAGUUUGAUUGGAUUAGGAGGAUGAAGGCUCUUAAAGGAAUUGCUGAUGCUUUAUCUUACCUGCAUCAUGAUUGCACUCCGCCGAUAGUUCAUCGGGACAUAUCAACAAGUAAUGUUUUGUUGGACUUGGGAUUUGAAGCUUGUGUUUCUGAUUUCGGAACUGCGAGAUUUUUAAAUCCCAAUUCAUCUAACUGGACUGCGUUUGCAGGCACCUACGGAUACGCUGCGCCAGAGCUUGCUUACACAAUGCAGGUGACUGAGAAGUGCGACGUUUAUAGCUUUGGAGUGGUAGUACUGGAAGUGAUAAUGGGAAGUCAUCCUGGAGAACUCAUCUCCUCCCUAUCAUCAUCAAGUGGCCAGAACAUACUAAUAAUCAAUGUGUUAGAUCAACGGCUCUCAUCUCCCACAGUUGAAGUUGCAGAUGAAGUCAUUUUGGCAGUGGUGCUAGCACUCGCAUGCUUACGUCCCAAUCCGCAGUCUCGACCAUCCAUGGAGUAUGUGUCUCAACAGCUAUCUGCGAAGAGGCCAUUUCUUCACCAGCCUCUCCAUGGAAUUACAUUUCAUCAGCUUUUGGGCUUUGAGUUGUAAUCAUGUACAUAUGACGAUUAUUAAAAUAAUUCUAUCCCACUUUCAGGUUUUUUUCAUGUAAGAUUUAAAAGAAUACUAUCCCAUUUUCAGGGUUUUUUUUUCAUGUAAGAUUUAAAAGAAUACCAUCCCGUCUUCAGGUUUUUUCAUGUAAGAUCUUGCCCAUUCAUGCAGAAGUAUAAUCAUGCAGUAGCCGAUAUUCUCCUGCCACUGGUAGGCUACUCUCUGCUCAACGGAUAUCCUCGACCAGCCCAACGGCUAUGUGAUCCUCAUUCUAGGGCUAACCUGCUGGACGGGUUUCUUUUAUCAAGCAAGAAAUCCAAGCCUUUCACCAUUCAUCUUCGCCAAGUGGAUCAAUCCUUGGUGUUGCUUUCCAUCAGCUCCUAUUGACUUGCA